CCCACCUCCUGGAUACAAGCGGUGAGCAUCGCGUAGCAUUUGCCGAGAGUCUUGAUGCCGCCCAUGACUUCCUGCAGUGUAUCCGGGGUCUCUCCCCCAUCGCAAAGGACCGUCUUCGCUACCUGGGCGAUUUCGCCUUUGUGUUGAUGGCCUAUGUCUCCUUGUAUAUCCUCCGGGCGCUCACGUCAAACGUAACCUCCCCAGCACGCAGGAUCGAGUUCCUCCAGCUGGUCAAUGAGCUGGGAGCGAUGAUGCAGUCCCUUGGCCCACAGGUCGACACGCGUCCCUCAGUCUAUGGGGUCGCCCUCCGGUCAAUGUGCAAACAACAUGAAAACUCGCCGCUAGAGGACUUGCGUCCCCGUGUUGACAGCGUCCAUCUGCCGCACGGUCUUGUGAGCACGCCAACCCUCACUCAAGACUCGCAGACCGAGCCUGAGCUCUCCAUGCCGGCGGACGCGACGAUGGACCCGGCCAUGCUCAGCCAGAGUCGCUAUUCAACGGAAAUCUGGGGUUUAAGUCACGACAUGUCGAUUUUUGACGGCCUGAUAGCGGGGAUUCCCGUGCCGGAUGAGACAUGAUUCGCCACCAAACUGCGGAAAAUGCCACCAUAAAUUCCACCUACUCGUCGUGGCGACAGGGCGGGGUGUUGUACUCACUGGUGGGACGGCAAAGGCACGUAUCGACCCUCACUCGAUACGCACUAUCCGAGUACCGUCCGGCUGUUAUCUCCAUGCAGACCAUGCGAGUCAUGGUGGUUGAGGCCCUUCCACUCGUAGGCUGAUGGCUGAAAAUUGGUAAUGGGCGUUUAUAUAGACCGCUUUCGGGAUCGCACAAUGCGCCACUGCAUUCAUCCGAGGCAGAUACGAUUAAGUCGACAUUCUGAGGCUGCACACAUGAGAGUUUUCCAGAUCUGGUUCCAGUCGCAUCUUGGUUCAUGCGAAUUAUUGGAUUGCUCUGGCUUUUUUACUUGAAAUCCACCCGCCGGGAAAAUGGACUACGGCCUAACGCUCUACGAGCAGGCGUGGACCGAUGAUCGCUGCGGAUAAUGAUGAAGUCCUUGGAAGGACUUGCAGCUUCCAGGCCUGCCGGGUCGGGUAAAGGAUGAUUAUCCGUCGUCGGCCAUGGAAGAACCGGCCAAAGAGCUGCAGACUACCCCGGAUUGCAAGCGCUGCGUGCCUUUUGCAUCGGCCGCUGGUUGUUGCCCUGACAUCAGUCACCCACGCUGCUCGAGGCCAGCCUGCCGGUCCGGCCGUCCUUGCCAAGUGAUCAAUUACAGGCUCGCACAGCUUGGAAGUGUCGUAGAUACCAAGAAUAUUUGUUGUGUAUAAAGCUUCUGAACGUCUGCUACAUUUCCUCGGUCCAAAC